AUGGCCGGUCUCGAAUCGGCUAAUCCGGUAGAUACUCCUCUUGAGAUUAAUGUUAAAUAUCAUCAUGAUGAUGGUGAUCUUUUGCAUGAUCCCUUAUUGUAUCGGCAACUUAUGGGUAGCCUCAACUACUUGACUAUUACUCGCCCUGACAUAUCUUUUGCUGUUCAACAAGUAAGUCAAUUCAUGCAUUCUCCUCGCCAUCUUCAUUUGGCUGCGGUUCGUCGUAUAAUUCGCUACUUAAAGGGAACCUCUCACCGGGGAUUAUUCUUUUCUGUUGGAAUUUCUCUUCAGUUGAGUGCUUAUAGUGAUGCUGAUUGGGCAGGGUGUCCUGAUACUCGUCGAUCUGUUACUGGUUGGUGCAUGUUUCUUGGUUUUCCAUUGAUUGCUUGGAAAAAUAAGAAGCAAGCAAGAGUUUCUAAAUCUUCUACCGAAUCAGAGUAUCGUGCCAUGUCUGCUGUUUGUUCAGAAAUACUUUGGCUUCGUGGUCUUUUGGCUGAACUUGGAUUUUCCUAA